ACAGGCGCUUAACCCGGUCAGAGGAAAGCAUUUUAAGACACUGAUGUAAACAACACUGUCAAAAAUGUGGAAAAUUAUAAGAAUUGCAUCAAAAGUGCACUUAAAUAAAUCAUCUAGGCGGUUAAGAAUUUCAUUUAAGCACUUUAAACGUUUGUCAAGUACAUUUCCUUCUUCCAGUCAGCAAGUCACGACAAACUCUGACACUGACCUUCAGUUGAUAAGAAAUAUUGGAAUUAUGGCACACAUUGAUGCAGGGAAAACUACCACAACUGAAAGAAUGCUGUAUUAUUCAGGGUUCACUAGGCACCUAGGUGACGUGGAUCAUGGGAAUACAGUAACAGACUAUCUGCAGGAAGAGAGAGAGCGUGGCAUCACAAUUGUGUCUGCAGCAGUCUUAUUUAAGUGGAAUAAGCACCAAAUUAAUCUCAUUGACACACCAGGUCAUGUUGACUUCACAGUGGAAGUGGAGAGGUCCCUAAGAGUCCUAGAUGGUGCUGUCACAGUGCUGGAUGCCUCAGCUGGUGUUGAAGCCCAAACUCUGACAGUUUGGAAACAGGCCAGUAGGUACAAAAUACCAAAAAUAAUUUUCCUCAACAAGAUGGAUAAGCAUGGUGCAAACUUCAAUAUGUGCUUAAAAUCCAUCAGAGAACGUCUGCAUGUGCAACCGAUUCCUAUACAUCUUCCAAUAGGCAAGGAAAGAGACUUUGUUGGCCUGGUAGAUUUAGUUUCACUCGAACAGAAAAUCUGGGAUUCUAGCAAGUGCCCAGAUGGAAGUGUUUAUGAAACAGAGAAACUUGACCUAGACAACGACAGUCCAUCAAGUCGAAUGGUUCACAAUGAAAGGGAUGCCCUGAUAGGCAUUCUUUCAGAGUACGAUGAAAAUAUUCAGACUCAUGUCUUGAAUGAUGUAAAGAAUGAGGAUAUACCAUCAUCGGAUAUUGAAAACGCUAUACGAAAUAUUACCAUCAAUAACGAUGCAGUUAUAGUGCUCUGUGGUAGUGCUAAAAGAAACAUUGGCGUUCAGCCGUUGUUAGAUGCUGUUGUCAAGUACCUACCAUGCCCUAGCGAUAUAAAACACAAUUUUCUAGAAUACUACGGUAGCAAUCUAUGCGCACUGACAUUUAAAAUAGUGCAUGAUAAACACAGGGGGGCGUUAACAUAUGUUCGUGUAUAUCAGGGAGUCCUGAAAGCAGGUGAAUCUAUUUAUAACAUGAAUCUGAACACAGUGGAGAAGAUUGGCAAACAGGACUUGUUUCAAGUAAACGCAGACGAAUAUCGACAGGUGAAAGAGGUUGGAGCUGGGAAUAUUGCGUGUGUUGGAGGCUUAAAUGAUGUAAGAAGUGGUGACACAUUUACAGAUAGCUCGAAAACAGCUAAACAUGCUUCGGAAAUGUAUGCCAAACUCACUGGACAGACCAAUACAAGCACUGAUGAAUUUGAAAGCCCAGUGCUGGCAGGUUUGAAUGUCCCGCCUCCUGUCUUCUUUUGUUCCAUCGAGGCACCGAGCGUUUCUAAGCAACGUGAUAUGGAGCAGGCCCUGAAUAAGAUACAGCGUGAGGAUCCCAGCUUGAAAGUGGAGCUGGACAAUGAGUCUGGUCAGCUGGUUGUGAAAGGGAUGGGAGAGCUGCAUCUGGAGAUUGUCAAACACCGUCUGCUCUCAGACUUCGGCGUGGAUGCCUAUAUGGGGCCGCUUCAGAUCAACUACAGAGAGAAAGUCUUACACAAACUAGAGCACACUGACCAGUUGGAGAACAUUAUUGGCAAGACCAAAAACCUUGUAACUAUGACGAUCCAGCUUCUUCCCUCUGAGGCCGGUCACAUGUUUAAACAGGCCAAGUUUGAAGGUGAGGAGAUGCCUAUCAUGUUCAGGACGCCUGGUCAUGUCUUCACAAAGGCUGUGAACAGAGGCUUUGAGUCAGCUCUUAAUUGCGGUCCAUUACUGUCGUCGCAAGUGAUUGAUGUGGAUGUUGUUGUAACACAGAUACACGUAGAACGCGGCACAUCCGUCAGCUUCGUUAGUGCAGCUGCAUCACACACUAUCACUCAGGCGUUGGAAAAGGCGGAUUGCUGCCUAAUGGAACCAAUCAUGGCAAUGGAGAUCCACGUGGAUAGCGCCUCUGCCCAGGCAGUCAUGAACAAUCUCAUUCAGAGGCGUGGGGAGGUUACAGAGGACCUAGUCAACAAUGACUACCGAAUUCUGCAUGUUCUGGCCCCCCUGGCCAACCUAGUGGGCUAUUCCACUGACCUCAGAACCAUGACCUCUGGGACAGCCUCAUUUUCAAUGGAGCUUGACCAUUAUGCAAAGCUCUCUGAAGAGGAGGAGAGAAAGAUCAUUCAAAAGAAGACUGGGCUGUUGUAAAUCUGUUUAUAUGCCUGGGAUCACAGGUAUUGGGUGCGUGGCAAAGUCACUUUAACACUAUCAAUAUACUAGUAUCACAAAACAACUUUUUUCAUAAAAAUUAAAAUAAAAAUUCUGAUAUAAUAUAUACAAAUAUAUAUUAUAUCAGAGUGUUUUUUAAAGAAAAAAAGUUGUUUUAUGACAUAUUGAUAGUGUUAAAGUGACUUGGCCACGCGCCCAAUACCUGUGCCUAGGAUCGUAUUCAUACAGUCAUGAAUGGAAGCAUUUAAAGAAAUUUCAUUCAUGCAUGGUGCCUUUAGUCUCCUAUCAGUAUUUUUUCACAUUUUCAAAUAAACUACACAUUGAGUCAGUAUUGAAAAGCAAUUUUGAUUAUUUAUGUUUUGUGUAAAAAGAAAUUAUUAGAAUUCAUAAACAAAUUUUAUUUGAAACAAUCAAUAACAAUUAUAAAAGAGCAAGAUAAGAUUUAUCUUAAAAUCUUUAUGAAUGCUGAACAAGGUACCUAUACUAAAACAAUUCUGGUUCCUGUGAUAUUGAUUUUGUGAUGGGGUUUGUUUUCAUCUAAGCUAAUGAUUGCCAGUUACUAUAACACUCAGCAGAAGCAAAUAAUGUGGGAUAACAACAAUUCUGGAUAAUGAAAACGAAUUCCUAAUGGGACUUUGUUUUUGCAUACAAUGUAAAAAAAUGUGAAUGAAUUAUUAAAUUAGUGUUAAUCAGUUAUUUUACAGUCCACGAUUUUUUAAGUAAAUUUAUGACACGUAUGUUAAGUUCAGUUCUGUGCUAUGAAUACUUAAAGUAUUAUAAUUAGUGUUAUAUAAACAACCCGAGACACGAAUUUUUGUACUUAAUUGUUGGUGUAAACAUAUAAAAAAACUUGAAUAAAUCAUUAAAUGUU